AUGACUUCACUGUCAGGGACCAAGGAGAGGUCUGCGAGCAGCCGGAGCAGAAAAUAUGGGGUGCCUGACACUUCCCCGACCAAAUCUGCCUCCUUUUUCCCAGACACAUGGUACCGAAAGGCCUACGAGGAAAACACUCGCUCCGGCACACGCCCCGCCCCAGAGGGUGCCGGCUCCAUGCCAAGCUCCACUGGCACCCCUUCCCCAGGCUCAGGGAUCUCCUCACCAGGGUCCUUCUCCGGAUCGCCAGGGACCAUCUCUCCGGGGAUUGGGACAGAAUCACCUGGUUCUCUGGGUGGCUCCCCCGGUUUUGGGACAGGAUCUCCGGCCUCAGGCAGCGGUAGUUCCCCUGGUAGUGAAAGAGGGAUUUGGUGUGAGAACUGCAACGCUAGGCUGGCAGAGCUGAAAAGACAAGCAUUGAAACUGCUCAUCCCUGGACCUUACUCCAGCAAGGAUCCCUCCUUCUCUCUCCUCCUUCAUGAUAAGCUUCAGGUGCCCAAUAGUUCUCGGCGGGCGUGGAACGAACGUGACAGUCGCUGUGAUGUCUGCGGCACUCACCUCACGCAGCUCAAACAGGAAGCCGUGCGCAUGGUCCUCACUCUCGACCAGUGGGAUCUGUCUCCCCCCACUUCGCCUACGGCCCUCAUUGGACGGUGUGGAUCUCAAGGACCUCCGGGUCCAAUGGGAGCAUCAGGAGCACCAGGAGGUCCUGGUUCACGGGAUUGGAUUCCUGCUUUUCUACCUUCCUCCUCUUCCUCAGCUGUUGCUGCCGUUUCACACUCGUCCUCCCAGUCACCUUCCCCAAGUCCCAGCCAGACCCCAACGCCCAGCCCGAGCCACGGACCAUCCAACCCCAGCCACGGGAGUCCCUCGGUGGGACAAACAUCCAGCUGUGCUCCCACAAACCCACAACCUCCAGGCCCAGGGCACAGGUCGGGGUCCAAGCCCAGUUCCCUGGGGCUUGGAGGCGGGAUGGACAGAAGGAAUGGGUCCCCCAGUUCGGGAAAAGCUGGUGCCCAACAGCAACCAGUGACUGGAGUAAACAGCCCUGGCAAUAAUAGUGGAAACGGAAGUGGAGCAGUACUGAGUACAACAGCUCUGCAGGCCCACCAGCACCUGAACCGAACUAAUGGAGGAGUUACACUCUAUCCCUACCAGAUCUCCCAGAUGAUCUCUGAGGACUCCAGAGAAGGUUUGACCGAGGCGGCCCUGAACCGCUACAACACACACUCGCCAUCACACACCAAUUCAACCGCACACACAAACUCGCCCUCUCACACGCCAGCUGUAACCACAACUGCGCCGACCACCACCACGUCUGCUGCCGCGUCCUUCUUUGCAAGAGCUGCACAAAAGUUGAACUUAGCAUCCAAGAAGAAGAAGCAGAAGACCGCAGCAGUCGUGGCCCCAGUGACAUCAUCCUCCCCGUCAUGUGACCCCCCUAUGUUCCCCACCAAUUUUAGCUCCGCCCUGUUGAUGGCCCCUCCCCCGGCUCCACCCUGCCUUCUCCGUGCAGCCAACAAAAUCAAAGAUACCCCAGGGCUUGGAAAGGUGAAGGUCAUGGUUCGUGUGUGCCCAGUGUCUCAGUCGGACGCAGCUGAAUCCAGUUCUUUCCUUAAAGUGGAUCCCAGAAAGAAACAAAUCACCAUCAUGGACCCCUCAGCCAAUCAGACACCAAGCGCUGCCUCCCAGAAAAAGGCGGGAGCCAAUCAGGUCCCUCCAAAGAUGUUCACCUUUGAUGCUGCGUUCCCUCCUGAUGCAUCGCAGGCGGAGGUGUGCGCGGGAACGGUUGCCGAGGUGAUUCAGUCGGUGGUGAACGGAGCAGAUGGCUGUGUCUUCUGCUUUGGACACUCCAAACUGGGUAAAUCCUACACCAUGAUUGGCCGUGAUGACUCUCUCCAGACUCUGGGUAUAAUCCCCUGUGCCAUCUCCUGGUUGUUUAAACUCAUCAAUGAGAGGAAGGAGAAAACAGGAGCACGCUUCUCUGUUCGUGUCUCUGCAGUCGAGGUUUAUGGAAAAGAGGAGAACCUUAAGGACUUGCUGUCUGAAGUAGCCACAGGCAGUUUACAGGAUGGACAGUCACCUGGAGUCUACCUUUUUGAGGACCCCAUCUGUGGUAUGCAGCUCCAGAACCAGUCUGAGCUGCGUGCUCCGACCCCUGAGAAGGCAGCCUGGUUUCUGGAUGCAGCCAUAGCAGCUCGCCACAGUAGCCCCAACACCACUGAAGAAGAAAUCAGAAACUCACACAUGCUGUUUACAUUACACAUAUACCAGUACCGCAUGGAAAAGACAGGCAAAGGAGGAAUGUCAGGAGGUCGCAGUCGCCUCCACCUGCUGGACUUGGGCAGUUGUGACCUCAAAGUACUUGGAGGAGGUGGAGGUGGAGGUGGGAAAAGCAGGGAGAGCUCUUUGCCCAGUUCUGCCCCUCUGUGCCUCUCUCUAUCUGCUCUCGGCAACGUGAUCCUGGCCCUGGUCAACGGGAGCAAGCACAUCCCAUACAAGGACAGCAAGCUGACCAUGUUGCUAAGGGAGUCGCUAGGCAACAUGAACUGCCGGACCACCAUGAUUGCUCACAUCUCUGCCUCACCCAGAGAUUUCUCGGAAACCCUUUCAACCAUCCAGAUUGCUUCCCGUGUCCUCCGCAUGAAAAAGAAGAAAACUAAAGUCACAGUGCAAUACACGUCUAGCUCGUCUGGAGGAGAGAGCUCUUGUGAGGAGGGUCGCAUGCGUCGUCCGACCCAUCUGCGACCUUUCCAUAACCGUGGUGACACUGACUCUGACCUUCCGUUGCUGCGACUGUCCAGUGACCCUGACGAAUAUUCGAGCAGCGAGCAGUCAUGUGACACGGUGAUCUAUGUGGGCCCAAAUGGGGCUGCGGUGUCAGAUAGAGAGCUGACGGACAAUGAGGGACCACCAGAAUUUGUACCGAUUAUUCCUGCUUUGCUUCGAGGUAAAACGUCAGAGCAGCAUCAACCACAAAGUCAAAGUCAGGCUGCUGGAGUCCAGAACAAGGUGCAGUGUCAGCCAGAGGACCCACUCAGCGUCUCCUCUCAGCCUCUGCCUCCGCCCUCUCAGUCACUGCUUGGGCAGCCGUUGGCCCCCGUCCCAGAGGAAGGAGCCGAGUGCCUGAAAUGCAACACCUUUGCUGAGCUGCAGGAGAGACUGGACUGCAUUGAUGGCAGCGAGGAGGUGGCAAAGUUCCCAUUUGAAGAAGUUCCAGCAAACAAACAAGGUGCCAAACAAGAGCCAUGUCCAUCCUCAGCUGUCCCAACCUCAUCUCCUUCUGCUCCUGGCACUGCUGCUGCACUGGAUAUAGAAACUAAAACAGACUCUGCAUGUGCAGGAGGAGGUGCAUUGCAGUUCUCCCCCUCAGCAUCAGCAGCCUCCAGGAGGAGGACCAAUGACCAGCAGCUGCAGGAGAUCAAGGAGGUGGUGGAAGAGGCAGAGCUGGCUCAUACAAUGAUCCAUAACCUGGCUCAGAGUUCUGGUUCCCCCAUAGUUACUAGUACCAGGAGCGUUACUGGAAGCAGCAGCAUCACCUCUAAUCCCCUGCACAGGGCAAGGAGCUCCAUGAAUGACGGCCGUGAGGGUCUGAAUGGCAACAGUAACACUGAGGGGAAGGCCCGCCCAUUAGGAUCACCACGCCUCGGCAUCGCCAGCCUGACCAAAACCUCAGACUACAGGCCUCCGUCCUCCCCGUCCCAGCGGUGUAAAGUGUACACCCAGAAGUGUGUGAUGCCGGCAACGCCCCCCUUGUCCUCACACACUCUGGCUCAAGACGGACAGGCCACAGAGGCUUUGACCUCAGACAACAGUUUGGCUGCAGACAGCGGACGAUCUUCCACAGACUCCCUGCUGUCCAGGACUUCUCCGGUGGGCAUGAGCCCACAAGUCCGAGAGCCAGCUCAGUCUCUGUCUGCCAGCCUUGGAUCAGCAGAGACACUCUGUGACGAUGAUGUCCCACCGAUUCCCCUGGACACGCACAGGGAUUGACCAGCAGCAUCUGUAGGAACAGUAGGACCUCUCUCGCUUGGGGAGGAUGAACCAGUGUACACUGUAGCUUCUGGAGGUGAGGAGGACCUUGAUGUUACAGCUCUUAUGGAGACUCAAGGCCUCACCUGUCGUCCAACCAGCAUCGUCAGCGUAAAAAGGGACUGUUGCUCCAUCACUGCCCUUGCUUCAGGUUCUCAGGCAGCCUGCUUCAUCAAUACUGCCGAGGAUGGAGCUGUGGAGGAUUAUCACAUGCCUGCAAGUCCUGCAACAACCUCAGGGGUUACGGAUGUGGCAGCCAUGGCAGAGGUGGCCAUGGCCAAGCUGCGGAUAGAAGGUGAAGCCUUUUCCACAGUGAUGUCCAACUGUGGUUCGCCCAUCUCCUCCUGGGUGAGUGAUCUGAGCCUGGGCAGUGAAGCUGACCAUUCUCUCCACAGCUUCAGUCAGUCCCAGAGCCAGCAAGGGGAGGCCCUGGCUGAACCUGAACCCAACCAGAGCCUUUCGUUCGGAUCGGAUGGUCUGGGUGGUUAUGAGUGCGGUGGCAGAAGAGGGAGUCUGGAAGGAGAUGUGGUGCUGUCAGAAAACGGAGGACAUAAGGCUACUGCAUCCAAAGACAGGCUGAGGAAAAUGCCUCCCUCCAUGGCUAAAACUAACAUCCAAAUCCUGGCAGGACCUGGUAACCUCUCUCCCUACAAGACCACCAUCAGUAUGCACCCAUGUAUGGUGGUCAAACCCAUGGUUAUACAGGAACCAACCAUCCUCUCUUCACCUACCAAGACCAGCCUAAUGAAAGACCCAGGCAAAUUUAAUGCACCGCUUUUAGCUUCCAUUUCCAGUGAGAUGAGGUUUGAAGACCCCUGGUUGAAGCGCGGCGUGGAUGAGGGGAGGUCCAGGGAGCUUGUGUGUGAAGUGAAGCCGGAGAUGAGGGACGUAGAGCAUUCAAAAAGUCAGGCCGGAGGUGCGACCGGAGACCACUGGAGCUUCUGCAGGGAUGGUGGGGACCAUGGAAGCUCUAGUUCAGGUGGUGAGAUUGUGUCUUCUCCAGAUUCCUUUAAGAGAGUGGUGGAUGGCUGUGAGAUGGUGGCCAUUGUUGUCCAGGGAGAAUGUCUGACGAGUAUCUACAACCCAGAUAUCCACCGUACCGCCAGUCUUCCUCGCGGCUGGCACCGUCUCAACCGCCACGACGGCUUGGACAAUGGAAACGAGUACCGGAAUCUUGGCGUCACCUCUUCAACUCCCUGCAGUCCUCGAGCCACCCUUGACCGCCGGGGAUCAACUGGAAAACUGGGCUUUUUCUCUCACAAGAAGGGGGGAAUCCCACCUCUGCCACCGAUACGGAAGUCCAGCCUUGACCAGCGGAACAGGGCAGCCAGCCUUCUCCACCAACCCAGCCACGGAGUGUCAUUGCUGGGCAUCUCGACAGAUGAUGCAGGGCUCGCCAGACAACGAGGCUCCAGCAUAGACAGCAGCAGGCUCUUCAGCGCCAAGUUGGAACAGCUCGCAAACAGGACCAACUCUCUGGGUCGGGUCCAUAGCUCCAACGGUGGUUCCCACCACUACGACUGCUUCUCUCUGGAGAGAGGGGGCCUGAAAGGUGGAGGAGGAGGAGUUAGGGGGGACAGCACCAUGCCUCGAACUGGACGCAGCCUCACCCGUGCUGGAUCAGUAUCUUCUCCCACUGGAAAUAUCAGCCCUGGUUUCAGUGCCAGUCCCGGUCCAAGCAGCGCUCCACAGUCACCUGUCAAAACCAGCGGCCAGUCAAAGAUCUCAGCAGUCAGUAAGCUGCUGAUGACCAGCAGUCCCAAGUCCAGGAGUCUGUCUGCAUCCAGCACCAAGACUCUGAGCUUCUCCACCAAGUCUUUAAGCCAAGCUUCCAGCCGCAGCUCCAGCCUUCCUCCUAAUGGAAAGCCCCAGACCUCAGUCCAGGGCCCUCUGCCGCAGCAGCAGGGACCCUCGCCUGGUUCAUGGUCUACCCAGUCUUUGAGCCGCAGUCGAGGGGGAAGCCUGGCCGCCAAGCUGCCUCUCCGGGCUGUCAACGGUCGAAUCUCAGAGCUCCUCCAGGGAAGUGCAGGCUCCCGUUCCAGAGGUCAUGCCCAGGGAGGUGGAACAGAUCCAGCAGAGGAAAGAGGAGUCGGAGGGGCAAGUGGAGGUAGUAGUGGAGGUGGAAGUGGAGGUGGUAGUGGAGGUGGUUCGGGUGAGGAGAAGACAGCAGUGGUCCAAACGCUGCCUUCACCCUACAGCAAGAUCACAGCUCCCAGAAAACCACAUCGCUGCAGCAGCGGCCAUGCUAGUGACAACAGCAGCGUACUGAGUGGCGAGCUCCCCCCAGCCAUGGGGAAGACAGCCCUGUUUUACCACAGUGGAGGCAGCAGUGGCUAUGAGAGCAUGCUAAGAGACAGCAGCGAGAACACAGGAAGCACCUCCUCCGCUCAGGACUCCCUCAGUGAGCACAGCUCAGCCACCACCUCCUCCAGACGGAGCUCCAAGAGCAGCAAGAAGAGCAGGAGCAACACAGGCCUGCAGCGUCGUCGUCUGAUCCCGGCACUGACCUUGGACUCCUCCUCAUCCUCACCUUCUCACCGCUCCUCCAAACAGGCAACCACCUCCUCUUCCUCCUCCUCCUCCAGCCCAGGUGCAUGCUGGGUAGAUGGUCCACUGGGGCCCCCGACUCCCUCAAACCUCCGUGGAGCGACUGCAACGACAGAAACCUUUGAGAUCAAGGUGUAUGAGAUAGAUGAUGUGGAGCGACUGCAGAAGAGGAGAGACAAAGGAGGGGGCAAGGAGGUGGUGUAUGUCAGCGCCAAGCUCCGUCUGUUGGAAAACCGUCAGCAGAGAAUCAGUGAAGUCAGAGCCAAGUACCAGUGUCUGAAGAAGGAGCUGGAACAAACCAAACAACACCUAAUGCUGGAGCCACACAAAUGGACCGCCGAGUUUGAGCUACAACAGGCCUAUGAAGUAGACUCACUGGAGUACCUGGAGGCUCUGGAGACAGUGACAGACAAACUGGAGACCCGAGUGAACUUCUGCAAAGCCCACCUCAUGAUGAUCACCUGCUUCGAUGUGUCCUCGAGACAUCGGUAG